AUGGCAGUGGAGGAAUUGGCUAGAUCACAACUCUGGGAGGGUCCAAGUUUCCUGAAGGAGUCCGAGAGCAGCUGGCCAGAGAAAAAGAUAGCUGUACCAGAUCAGACCACAGAUAUUGAGAAAACCUCAACAUUUGCUGUACAGGAAGCCCAACCAGAACAAAACGAGACAAUGAUGUUCCCCCUACAUCCCAGUAGAUGGAGUGACAUGGGAAGACUAACAAGGAGAAUAGGAUUCGUGCGGCGUAUCAUGAUGUGGCUGCUAAAGCCACACUUACCCCCGGGAGCCAAGACCUGGAUAGAUGAGUUGUCCCCCGAAGAGUACAGGCAGGCUGAGGAUUGCCUUUCACGCCAAGCCCAGAAAGAUGUAUUUGGCAGAGAGCUCAAAGAUUUGAUUGAAGGAAAAAACUUACAGAAGACAAGCCCCCUGAUACCCCUGUCACCAUACCUUGAUAAGGAGAGGAGACUUCUUCGCAUCAAGUCCCGUCUUGAAAGAAUAGACUACAUCUCAGAAGAAGAAAAAUACCCCAUCAUCAUGCCAAGAAAGCAUCCAGUUUCUCAGUUGCUUGUCAAGAGAGCACAUGAUGCUGUGGGACACCCCGUAGGAAGAGAUGCUACCAUGGUCGAGUUGAGGAGGAAGUAUUGGGUGAUAUGCACUAGAGAAGCUGUCCGCUCCUGGGAAAUGAUAUGCAGUCGAUGUGUAUUGAAGAAAUCAGAACCAGCUAAUCAACAGAUGGCCCCGAUUCCUCAAUUUAGAUUCAGCCAACCAACCAGAGCCUUUGGAAAGUGUGGAAUGGACUUCGCGGGUCCAUUUCUAACCAAGCAGGGUCGAGGAAAAAUCAGAAACAAGAGAUACUUAGCUGUUUUCACCUGUCUACAGACGAGAGCUGUUCAUCUAGAACCUGUUUACCAGAUGGAUACUGACAGCUUCUUAAUGGCUUUCUCCAGAAUGACCAGCCGGCGAUCCGUCCCCGAGGAGGUGGUGACAGAUAACGGAAGUAACUUUGUUGUUGGAGAGAGGGAGCUCCGAGAGUUAGCGAAUGCCAUCGAUUGGACCAAGGUCCAACAGAAGACGAUGGGGUACCAAAAUACCAGAGGCGUUACAUGGCACUUCAACCCCCCAGGAUCUCCACACUUCGGGGGCGUCUUUGAGAUUAUGGGAAAAGCAGCAAAGCGGGCCCUCAAGAUAUCCAAUGGUAAUGCUGACAUCAACGACGAGGAGUUCCAUACAUUUGUGGUGGAUGCCGAGGGACUCCUGAACUCAAGGCCAUUGACUCCUCCCAGCUCCGAUCCCGAGGACCAGUUGCCACUAACGCCAAACCACUUCCUGCAUGGUCAGCUGGGUGGACAACUGGCUCCUCCGUCGACUGAUGAACUACGAUUCAACCCUAGAAGAAGAUGGCUAAGAAUAUAG